GUUUAUGGACUUUGACAGACACGUGAGCUGCUGACGUCAUCAGGAGUCAGGCAGACAUGAUGGCGGCGGGUUACGUCCAGAAGGUGGUGUUUGAACAUGACGGCGUCUUCAUUCGUCCUAAUGGAGAUGAGGACAGCAUGGAGCAGGACGUCCUGAUCUCAGGGACACUGCGCAUCGUGGACAAGGAUGGUGACAUCAUGGUGGACUACAGACCUCUGGAGGACACUGUGGACAUGUUCAACAUGCAGUGUGCUGGAAAGGACUCGAGCUCGGUGGUGCAGUGGUCUCAAGGUCCAGCUGACAGGACACAGCAGUUAGAGACGCAGCACAGCUACGAGACCGAGUGGGACAUGGUCAACGCGGUGUCCUUCAAAAAGAAGCCCUGGGUCAACGGAGACGGCUCUCUGAACCACAGCCACGAGAGGAGCAGGUGGGUGCUGACCGUCAGCAUCAGUGACCUCAGGUCCGUCACUGUGAGGACUCAGGGUUGGAGCGUCCUCACCUUCAAACUGAAGGAUUGCUCCACCAACUUGCCUGCUCUGCACUUCCACCAGGGUGGCAGCAGAGAGUUCCUGGACAGCCUGAGAAGAUUUGCUCUGCUCACUGAGUGUCCAGAUGAUGAUCAGUGUCUAAUGGUCAACACUCCAAACAAAGCUCUGUCUCAGUCCUUCGAAAACCUUCUGGACGACAACAACUUCGGCAUCAUUCAUCAGAAGUUGAGGAAAGAUCCAUACGUGACGACACUCGGCGGCUUCUCCAAAGUCACCAACUACAUUUUUGAUGCUUUCCGGGGGACAGAGGAGCAGCACCAGCGCCCCCCGGAGGAAGUGCCUGACCUGCUGGGUGAAGUAAUUCCAGGACUGGAGAUCAACCAGCAGGCGGAGCCGGGCUUUGAGGUCAUCACCAGGAUCGAUCUGGGGGUGCGGCCUCAGGUGAUGAGGGCGGAGCCUCUGUCUAUGGAGGACUGGAUCAAACACCAGGACUUAGAUGGAAGUAUGGUCCGGACCAAUCAGCUGAAACAGAACAUCUUCAGAGGGGGACUCAGUCAUGCAGUGAGGAAAGAGGCCUGGAAGUUUCUGUUGGGUUAUUUUCCUUGGGACAGUUCACUGGAGGACAGGAAGUUUCUGCAGAGACAAAAGACAGAUGAGUACUUCAGGAUGAAGCUGCAGUGGAAGUCGGUGAGUGAGGAGCAGGAGAAGAGGAACUCCAGACUCAGAGACUACAGGAGUCUCAUCGAGAAAGACGUGAACAGAACAGACAGAACAAACCGAUUCUAUGAAGGUAUCGACAACCCGGGCCUUGUUCUGCUCCACGACAUCCUGAUGACCUACUGCAUGUAUGACUUCGACCUGGGUUAUGUUCAGGGCAUGAGUGACCUGCUGUCGCCAAUUCUCUACGUGAUGGAGAACGAGGUGGACGCAUUCUGGUGCUUUGUGUCCUUCAUGGACCAGGUGCACCAGAACUUUGAGGAGCAGAUGCAGGGGAUGAAGACUCAGCUGAUUCACCUCAGUUCUCUGCUGCGACUGUUGGACGUGUCCUUCUGGAACUACCUCGAGUCUCAAGACUCAGGGUUCCUGUACUUCUGUUUCCGUUGGCUGUUGAUCAGAUUCAAGAGGGAACUCAGUUUCCAGGAUGUCCUGCGGCUCUGGGAGGUGAUGUGGACUGCUCUUCCAUGUCAGAACUUCCACCUGCUCAUCUGCUGUUCCAUCCUGGAUUCAGAGAAACGCAAGAUCAUGGAGGAGAACUAUGGCUUCAACGAGAUCCUCAAACACAUCAACGAGCUCUCGAUGAAACUGGACAUUGAGGAGAUUCUUCAGAAAGCAGAGGGAAUCAGUCUGCAGCUGAGGAGCUGUAAGGAUCUGCCCGACUCCAUCACAGACAUUCUGGGCUUCAGUGCAGAAGAAUGUGGUUCUGACCUGAGAGACGCCGGUUCUCCUGCUCCACUUACUGCUCCUCCCUCAGUAUCACAGCGACAGGACACGUGUUCCAAUGUCCAAGGACACUUGAGGGACUCGAGUUCACACAACAAAGUUGCCUUCAUUUCGUAGUGAAGAGACAGACUGAGUCACGACGGCGAGUGCUGACUCCUCCCACUUCCUCCGGCAGAGAAUAAUCUUAUUUUUGUAAUUCCUGCAUCUUCGUCAUUCCGUCAUUGAUGAUUCUAAAGAAGCCACAGAGGGGCGCCACUGAGUCAGGAGCUGUGAUCAGCAGUCGAUCAGCUGUUAACAUCUGCCCUGAUCUGAUCACAUGUUCAACUCUGAAGUCUCCACCUCCAUCCUGAGUUACAGACUCCGCCUCCUUGCUGAUGUCAUCCUGUAAACUGUCAUCCAUGAUUCACUCACUCACACACACACACACACACAGGUAUGGUGACAGUGUUGAUCAAAAUAAAGGGGCAGGGACUUUAGAGGUGAUCACAUGAUCACAGGAGAAACACCCAGGUGUGAAGAGUUGAACAUGUGAUCACUGAGGGCAACGACCAGGUCACUGACCCUCUGGUGUUGACGUGACUGAUGAUGUCAUCAUCUGUGUGACCCUGGUUCUCUGAGUGGACACACCCACACUGGGAGCCGGUGGGUGGGGCUUCAGACCUGCAGGUUGUUGAUUUGUCUCUUCUCAGUAUUAAUCCUGUGUGAGGACACUGCUGCAUUCUGGGAAAUGAGCCUGUCACGCCAAUCAAAGUUACAGCGAACAGGAAGCUGCACGCGUGUGGCUCUUUCACAAUAAAAGUGUUUAAAAGGGUUCUCUGACCUUUCAGACAGUGUCACCAUGGAAACCAAGUUCAACAGUGAAGGUUUUUAGAUUUUCAGAUUUAUAAACCCCGCCCCCAGCGCCACUGUCCGUAUCCUCUGUUUGAAAUAAAGUUGGUGCACUUUUCCUAA